CGAGGGAAAACCUCAUCUGUACACUUACUCUACGACGCAUUAAUGAUCUAAUUUGGAAUAUGACCACUGAGAGUACGCAAAUGUGAAACUGUCAUCACUUACAUCCUUGACUAUUUCCUAAAACCAGUAUUGCCGUGGAGGAGCUAGACAAAUCUACGGAUAUCGUGAUACAUCAUCUGGGAUAUGCCGGCUAUGAGUGUCCAGCCUGUCAAACACGGCAACACAGUACAGGCAUGUGAUUUAUGCCGAUUGAAGAAGCGAAAGUGUGACCUCAAAGACGGCGUGGGAAAGUGUUCAUCAUGUGAGAAGGCAGAUGCGGUUUGCCAAAUCACCCAUGUUACGAAACCACGAGAGAGGCGGAAGAAGAAACAAAUGGAGAGUCUCCAGGAUCGAUUGCAAAGCUUGGAAGAUCUAAUCAAAACUUCUCUGAUCGCAAAGGCCUCGCCACCUCAGCCUCAGAUGCAACCAAGCCCUUCGACUGCUUCUCCAAUGGCUCCAUCACAGCCUGCACUCACGUCUCCACUGGCCUCUGAUUCGUAUUCUGCAAGUCAAAUGUCAGAAUACCUGGGACGUUCAUCGUCACUAGAACAAAACCUCCAGGGGUAUCGAAGCGCACAUGCUUUUACACCAAGUGGACCCAAGCCUUCAGACGAGGUGUACGCCCAGCUGACCUCAGAGAUAUCUCAUUUUUUCAACACCCCAGGCUCCGUCGAGGCUGAGCGAGUUUCUGGUAGUCUUGACGCAAUGGAUAUCGACUUAAGGCCCCGAUCAAGAACACUCGGUGUCAGGAAAUGCUCCAUGCCGCCACCUCAAGGAGGCUUGUUCUUGCUGCAAGAAUAUUUGGUCGACUUCAACACCGCCACCCCCCUGUUUGAUGCGGCAACUAUCAGCGGACUGUUCUUGGAUUGCUACAACGGACGUGCUGACGGUCAAAUGGUAUCAUGGGUCACUGUGAAAAUCGUCCUGGCGAUUGCUCAUCGACUACGGGCAAUGAGCCCUCUUGGUGUCCCCCAGGACACAGAGAAUGUUCAGAUAUAUCUAGAAGAAGUGAUCGCGGAGCUUCCAAGUCUCAUUCUAAUGGAGCCGUCUCUUCUCAUCGCGCAACUCUAUCUUGGUACUGCCAUUGUUCUAUCAACAUCUGCCCGGCCCCAACCUACUUCGACAUUAGUUUCAAUGGCGCUCAGAGUGCUGCAGGACAUCCGCACCAACGAUCCAGACGGGGAUCACUCGGUAAUGCCAACAGAUCUACAGUGCCGAGAACGUGUGUUUUGGAUUGCAUACAGCAUGGAUACAGACAUUAGCCUACGGACGAAGAGAGCGCCGGGCCUAUCUUCGAGACUGAUUAAUCUGCAAUUGCCCAUUGAGGAUCAGCCCGAUGGGGCUGGACGGCUGCGUGCUGCUGAAGGUGACUUCACAAUCGACAUAUUCCGACUGCGAGCCGAGCUUGCACUCUUUCAAGCCCAACUAUUGGAAUGUGUCCUUGCUCCAGCGCUUGCUGAGCAGACGGGUUUAGCAUUGCAGGAGAUGGCAGCAAACUUACGCAAAUGGAGAGGCCAUUACGUGUUUCGACUUGAACCCACAGAACUUCGGGCCAUGCUCCAUCGUUCGGAUCUCGUCCACGUCAUUAUCCUCGAAUCCAUAUACUUCACGACUGCGUACCUUACUCAAUUCUACAAUUUUAGCGGCCACGCUUUGAGGUACAAUGUACUUUCAGCUGACGGGCUGUCUGCUUCCACGGCACUAAGCGACGACGUGUUACCAUAUGAUGACGCCCGACGCUUCAUGCAAUUCUUGAAAUUGUUGACAGAUGAAGAAAUACUCUGCAAUUGGUGAGGCGAUCUGUUCUUGACCUGGGAUAGGUAUGCUAAUGGCUUCCAAUUUAGGCUGAGCAUCGAGGCUGUUGCUUCGGCCGCUGUAGUCACACUCAUGCAUAUCAUGCACAACGCGGGCAAUAGCGACGCCCAGGCAGAUCUUGACAUCGCCCGGCCUGCGCUUCACAUUCUCUACAGAUUGAUCGACUUCAGGAAAGACGGGGACUUCUCGCAACUCCGCUAUAUUUGCGCCGAUUUGUACAUGAGGGCUGACAGCAUGGUCAGGCAGAAUAAUAGUGUCUCUGAUAGAUGAAUCGGUUGCAACAAUGGGAUCUGCCAUGCAAUAUAUAGGUUGGAAGAGGUGUCUAGUUCAAGGAGUAACGAGUUUCGUAGACAAAGAGUACGGACUCUUUGGAGUGCUUUCGGCUAAGUUGCACUUCCCCCCGCACAUCUGGAGCUAGUUGGGGUACUAUUACUAUUUAGGCCAAGUGCAAAUCAGACCUGGUUAAGUGUG